GCGGCGGCAGCGGCGGGGCGCACCGAGAUGGCGGCGGCCGGCGGCCGGGGCUGGCUGCUAUGGCUGUGGCUGUCGGCCGCGCUGCUGCCGCGCCCGGCGCGGGGCCUGAUCGAGGGUCUGUACUGCGGGCGGCGCGUGUGCUACGAGGUGCUGGGCGUCGGCCGGCAGGCCAGCAAGGCGGAGAUCGCCCGCGCCUACCGGCAGCUGGCGCGCCAGUACCACCCCGACCGCUACCGCGGGGAGCCGGCCGCGGCCGGCGGCGCGCAGGCGGCGCACGAGAAGUUCCUGCUCAUCGCCACCGCCUACGAGACCCUCAAGGAUGAAGAAACACGUAAAGAUUAUGAUUACAUGUUGGAUCACCCUGAAGAGUAUUACAGACACUACUACCACUACUACAGCAGGAGAUUGGCACCUAAAGUGGAUGUCCGAAUAGUGAUUCUGGUUACGGUGUGUGCCAUCUCCGUGUUUCAGUUCUUCAGCUGGUGGAGUAGUUACAAUGAAGCUAUCAACUAUCUAGCUACAGUGCCAAAAUACCGUAUACAAGCUACAGAGAUUGCCAAGCAACAAGGUUUACUCAACAAGACCAGAGAAAAAGGAAAGAACAGGAGGUCUAAAGAAGAAAUUCGUGAAGAAGAGGAAGAAAUCAUCAAAGACAUUAUUAAAAAUAAAAUAGAUAUAAAAGGCGGUUAUCAGAAGCCCAAGAUAUAUGAUAUCCUUCUGUUUCAGAUCCUUCUUGCUCCUUUCUACUUGUGCAAGUACAUAAUUUGGUACUGUUGGUGGAUUUAUUGUUUCACUAUUAAAGGGCAAGAAUACGGUGUGGAAGAGAAGCUGUAUAUCAUACGGAGAUACAUGAAAAUGUCUCAGUCUCAGUUUGACAGCCUAGAAGAUCAUCAAAAGGAGACCUUUCUUGAACGGCAGCUGUGGAUACGAGAAAACUAUGAGGUCUAUAAACAAGAACAAGAGGAGGAGUUAAAGAAGAAGAUGGCCAUGGAUCCCCGAUGGAAGAGGUAUCGGAGGUGGAUGAGAAAUGAAGGACCUGGAAGACUGACUUUCAUUGAUGACUGAAAGUUGCUGAACACAAUGUGUGCUAAUGUCGGCAGUGAUCUGCAAAACUUUUCAAUACAUCAUUCAGAGUUUUAUCUGCUGGUUUGGCAGUGAUCUAAAACUCAGGAAUUAUUAAAUCAGGCCGAAAAAUAGUACAGGUUUACGGUUUUUAUAAAUCAGACUUAUUAAACAGGCUUAGCUCAAUGCGUAUACCUUACAUACAUGGGGAUCUUAAUGUGGAAUUCAUUAUUUCAAAUAAUGCAUUUCCUCUACAUAUUUCAUACUCAUGAUCAAUGGAGUCAUAAUUUCAAUCUUUCUGAAAAUGUUUCUUGAUCUGUCCUUGAAAGUCUUGGUUUUCAUUUCUAAACCGAAGGGUUCAUGCAAGUGAACACUGGAAACUGAAAUCACUAUAAAGUGAAGCAAGGGCCAUUUCCUACUUCCCUCCUCUCUCUUUCCACCUGCUUUUCAACUUAAUUUUUCAAAUGCCAAAUUGUUUUUUGAUGUAGACAAUAUGGGGAUUAUACCAGACUACUUUUUUUGCUAUUCCUCCUCCAAUUGGAAAUGAAUUUUAUUCUUUGUGGGGAAUAAAUGCAUGAUUGAUCACCGUUAUGGUGCAAACAAGCCUUAAUUCUUUGUUCUACGGAGUGGUUCAUGAAAUAGCAUACGUAAGUCACUUAUGUUUGGUUUUUAAUCUUGUACAUUAGAUUGUACCUGCUUGUUCAGAACAAGCGUACCAGUGAAUAUUAGUCUACUAAAUGUGAAACUUCUUUCACCAAAGUAUUGGUCAAGGGAAAAUGACCCUUUUGUUUAAAAGGGCAGUCUUGAUGCCUUAUGUAAAUAAAAGUUUAUAUAAUAUACA